CUCAUUUUUUUAAGGAUGACAGGGAGAAGGUCAAGGCAGGCAAGUGGUUCUUCGAGGAUAAGUGAUGAUCAAAUUAUUGAAUUAGUGUCCAAACUGCAUCAACUCCUUCCUCAUCAGGUUCCAAACUCUAGACGCUCCAAUAAGGCAUCAGCAUAUAAAGUGCUUCAAGAAACUUGCAACUAUGUUAGAAGCUUACAGAAAGAGAUGGAUGAUUUGAGUGCGAGGUUAUCAGAGUUGUUAUCUACGAUAGAUAAUGACACCCCCCAAGCUGAAAUAAUUAGGGCAUUAAUCUAA